GACACCUAGCCCGCGGCGAAUCUUACCUGAAAAAACCCAAUAAAAAAGGAGGCCGAUUAUAAAGGCUAACAGCAAGGGGACGAUCGCUUCUAUCAUCGCGGGUUGUUCUUGGGCUCUGCUGGUUGGUCCACCGUUAUUCUUUUAGUUUUCUCCACUGCGUCGAGGGAACUCGGGGAGUUUCGUUUGGUAGGGAAGGACAGAAGGAAGAGGGAGGGAGAUGGGCAGGAUGGAGGAGGACCCUCUCGAUGCGCUGAGGCCGCUCAUGGCCGCCUAUACCCCUCCUCUGGAUGCCCUUAUCGUCCCUUCCGAAGACGCUCAUCAGAGCGAAUAUGUGGCAGCAUGGGACAAACGGCGUGAAUUUGUUAGUGGCUUUACUGGCAGUGCAGGCUUGGCACUUGUAACAAUGAAUGAGGCUCUAUUGUGGACCGAUGGGAGAUACUUUCUACAAGCAUCACAGCAACUGAGUGAACGUUGGAAGCUCAUGCGGAUUGGAGAGGACCCUGUUGUGGAGGUUUGGCUGGCUAAUAAUCUGGAGAAGGGAUGCACUGUUGGGAUUGACCCUUGGUGCGUAUCUAUAGAAACUGCACAAAAAUGGGAGGGUUCUUUGGUCAAGGCUGGAGUGAAACUGAUUCAGUUAUCAACCAAUUUGGUAGAUCAAAUUUGGAAAAGCCGGCCUGUGCCGGACUUCCACCCUGUAUCUAUACAACCAUUGAAAUUUGCUGGCCGUAGUGUUGAAGAGAAGGUAAACGAUUUAAGGAUGAAGCUUGCACAAGAAAAAGCUUGCGGAAUUGUUGUUGCAGCUCUUGAUGAGGUUGCUUGGUUAUAUAACAUUCGGGGGAAUGAUGUGUCUUAUAAUCCUGUUGUCCAUGCAUUCGCAAUAGUAACUUGGAGUUCAGCUUUCUUUUAUGUGGACAAGAGAAAAAUCAUUCCUGAGAUAUAUAAGUAUUUCUGUGAAAAUGGAAUCGAGGUUAAGGAUUAUGGUGCUGUGGUAUCAGAUGUACUAUUGCUUGCAUCUCGUCAACUGAUAUGCACAUCAGAUGUCAAGUCUCAAACUGAAGUUCAGAAAUAUGAAGAAAAUAAGCAUAAUCUUAUAUGGAUGGACCCUGGCUCAUGCUGUUUUGCCUUGUAUUCUAACCUUCCAUCUGAUCAAGUUCUUCUCCAGCAGUCUCCUCUGGCUCUUGCAAAGGCUAUCAAGAAUCCCGAUGAGUUGGAUGGACUAAGAAAUGCACAUAUCCGGGAUGGUGCAGCAGUUGUCAAGUACCUUGCUUGGCUUGAUCAUAAGAUGCAAGAGAUCUAUGGUGCUUCUGGUUACUUUUCAGAGUCAAAAGAAGGAAGCAAAACAAUGAAGCUAAGUGAUGAAAAGUUGACAGAAGUGUCUGUGAGUGAUGCGUUGGAGGGUUUUCGUGCCAAGCAAAAGCUUUUCAAGGGAUUGAGCUUUCCAACCAUUUCAUCUGUGGGUCCAAAUGCAGCUAUUAUACAUUACUCACCAGAGGAGAAGACUUGUGCAGAAAUGGAUCCUGACAGCAUUUAUCUGGUUGAUUCAGGAGCACAGUAUCAAGAUGGAACAACAGAUAUAACAAGGACUGUACACUUUGGCAAGCCAUCAACUCAUGAGAAAGCAUGCUAUACUGCAGUCCUUAAGGGGCACAUAGGAUUGGAUACUGCUAUCUUUCCUAAUGGAACUACAGGCCAUGCUUUGGAUAUUCUUGCACGGGUGCCGCUUUGGAGGGAUGGACUUGAUUAUCGUCAUGGUACUGGUCAUGGGAUUGGAUCAUACCUGAACGUCCAUGAAGGUCCCCACUUAAUCAGUUUCCGGCCUCAUGCUCGAAAUGUUCCGCUACAAGCUUCAAUGACGGUAACUGAUGAGCCUGGCUACUAUGAGGAUGGGAAUUUUGGCAUAAGAUUGGAGAAUGUGCUCAUAGUCAAGGAGGCUGAGACAAAAUAUAAUUUUGGAGACAAGGGCUAUCUAUCCUUUGAGCACAUAACAUGGGUACCUUACCAGAAAAAAUUGAUGGAGCUGUCAAUGCUAACACCUGAGGAGAUUGAGUGGGUGAAUUCAUAUCAUUCUAAAUGUCGAGAAAUUUUGGCACCAUAUUUGGAUGAAUCAGAGAAGGCAUGGCUCAGGAAAUCAACAGAGCCCCUUAUUGCCAGUGCUUGACGCGUUAUGAAUAAGAGUCGUUUGGUGGUCAUAUUCUGCGUUACAUUAAAUGAUGCAACCAUAGACCAGGGGCAAUUUAUUUUGUGUUUUUACGUGUGUUUAUUCUGCAGGGAAUGUGUAUAAUUAUCAUUUGUUCAGGAGAUUUAGGAUGUUUCUAAUUAUUCAGAAACUCUUGGAACUGCUUUUUAAUAAUUAAUGUUUCAUCCGUUCAUGGUGUA